AUGACUGCCACCGCGAGCUCCAUGGACAGGCAUGUUGCAGUAUUGGGGUUCCCCCCCCAUGCAGCUACCCUCUUAAAACUCCUGCGCAGAUUAGCAUCUGCCGCACCCACCACCAUCUUCUCCUUCUUCAACACUGCCAAAGCCAACAACUCCAUCUUCUCUCCUCAGAGUCCCCACGGCCUUCACAAUCUAAGAGUCUAUGAUGUGGCAGACGGCGUGCCUGAGGGUCAUGUGCUUUCAGCAAACCCUCUGGAACGCAUCGACCUGUUCUUCAAGGCGACGCCUGGGAACUUUUAUGAUGCCAUACAAGUGGCGGAGGCGGAGAUUGGAAGGAAGAUAAGUUGCUUGGUGAGUGAUGCCUUUUUGUGGUUUACUGCUGAUAUGGCUGAGGAAAUGCGGGUUCCCUGGUUGGCAAUUUGGACUAGUGCGCUCUGCUCACUCUCCGUUCACAUUUAUACUGAUGCUAUCCGGGAAGCGGUGAAGGUUGUGGGGCGGGUGCAAGACCAAACCCUUGAUUUCAUUCCAGGAUUCUCAGCAAUAAAGGUUGAAGACCUACCUGAAGGAAUAGUUUUCGGGGACAUAGAAUCUCCUUUUGCAUGCAUGUUGCAUAAAAUGGGGCUCACGCUGCCACGAGCAACCGCUGUUGCCACAAACUCCUUUGAAGAACUAGAGCCCAUUGUCACAAAUGAUCCCAAGUCGAAGCUCCAAAAAGUUCUUGCUGUUGGUCCUUUUGAUCUAUCUUCACCACCACAGUUGAUAUUGGACGCUAGUGGUUGCCUGCCAUGGUUAGACAAUAAAAAAGAAGCAUCAGUGGCAUAUGUUAGUUUUGGAAGCAUAGCAACACCACCACCCAACGAGAUUGUAGCAUUGGCAGAAGCCCUAGAAGCAACUGGGAUACCGUUUCUUUGGUCUCUUAGGGAACAUGCAAUGGACAAUUUACCAAAAGGAUUUCUAGAGAGGACGACUGCUCAUGGAAAAGUUGUUUCGUGGGCUCCUCAACCUCAAAUCUUAGCACAUGCCUCAGUUGGAGUGUUUAUUACUCAUAGUGGUUGGAACUCGGUGAUUGAGAGUAUAGUUGGUGGUGUGCCUAUGAUCUGUAGGCCAUUCUUUGGAGAUCAAUGUAUCGACAAGCGGAUGGUAGAGGAUGUAUGGGGGAUUGGUGUGGGAGUUGAGGGAGGGGUCCUCACGAAAAGUGGAGUAAUGAGUGCUCUAGGACUAAUUUUGUCCCAUGAAGGGAACAAAAUGAGAGAGAAAAUUAGAGUCCUGAAAGAGCUUGCUAGAAGGGCUGUUGAACCAAAUGGGAGCUCAACUCAAAAUUUAAGUAAUUUGUUGGAGGUAAUCACAACAUCUAAGUUACAUUUGGAUACCAAUAAGUAG